AUGAGUGGCAUCCCCCUCCAUCCCAUCAUCCCUGAUUCCUCCAUCUGGAUGCUUGGUCCAGCCCCAACCGUCUACACCAGUCCCUCCCUCACAGUCAACCUCGUCUGCCGCAUCUUCUUUGGCAUCCUCGCCAACCUUAUCUGCCUCAUCCCCCUUCAACUACUCUACCGCAACGGAGAAUUCGCCGCCGUCGUCUUCAUCCUCAACAUGGAGCUGGAGAACCUACGCAACAUCGUCAAUGCUCUCAUCUGGCGGAACGACGACGUGGAAUCGUGGUGGCCCGGCUACGGCUUGUGUGAUGUCGACGGUUUCCUGCACAACUUUUGUAUCAGUCUCUACGCCACAUGCCUCCUGGCCAUCAUGCGGAACCUGGCCAUCCAGGUCGGUAGUCUGAGAGCCAACCCGCCGUCUCUGAGAGAGAAACGAAGACGCAACAUCAUCCAGGCCCUCAUCAUAUUCCCGCUGCCUCUGGUGCAGGUUGCCUGGACGUAUCCUCUUGCACAGCAGCGAUAUUACGUUGGCACUUUGGUUGGGUGUUACUGGCCGAAUGCAUCUGCCUGGCCUACUGUCGUCUUCGAGAUUCUCCCACAGGCAAUUGUGUCUCUUAUCACUGCCGGCUAUGCGAUCUUCAUUUACAUACGCUUCCGCCAAAUCACCAAGUCAACUCAGUCUGCUCUCUCCAGCAACCCCCUUGCUCAUAGCCGCAACCAACGAGCCCGCCGCCGCCUCUAUCUCAUGGUCAUCUCCAUUCUUAUACCCUUCCUUCCUGUCGUCCUCGCCCUGGCAGCCAUCAACGUUAUCAACACUUGGCCAUUGCAGCCUUUCGACUUCAAAGCCAUUCAUAGUAACGAACGAGCGAUCCCCUGGUCCACUAUUAUAUAUCUACCCAGCAGCCAGAUAGGAUGGAUGUUCAUGAACAUCUGCUACGUACCCAUCAUAACAGCUAUACCAGUCUUCGUCUUCUUUGGCAUGACCAAAGACGCUAUGAACUGUUACCGAGUCAUUCUCUUGUACGUGGGGCUUGGGAAGGUGUUUCCAAGUCUAUACGAAGAGUAUAAUCCCGACUCAAGAGCCCUAGCCUCGAUGUCCAACGGCUGUUCAAACAGCAACACGGCAUUAACAAGGUAA